UCACGUGGUGAGCACGCACGCGUUCCGGUUCCGGCGAGCGGCCGCCCGGGGAGAAGCGAUGCGGCCGCCGGCGGGAGCCUCGCGGGGCGGGAGGGAAAGACCGAAGGGGAAGAAAGCGAGGGAAGCGGCGAAGCGGCCCCCGCCGGGCGCGGAGGCGGCGGCGGCGGAACGGGCGGCGGCCGAGCAGGCGGCUCGGGAGGCCACGCGGCGCGCCCGGCACCUGGAGGCGCUGUCCCGCGGGCCGGGCGCCGAGCGGGAGCUGGAGGAGCUGGUGUUCGGUGACAGCCUCACGGUCGGGGAGGAUGAGCUGCUGCGCUGCCUGGCCGCGCCCCGGCGGCUCAACAUUACAGAAAAGAAAAGUCUCGAGGGAGACUCCAGCGAUUCAGAAGUAGAAAAUGAAGCAAAAAGCAAAUUUGUGCCUAGAAAGCCAGCCUGGGUGGAUGAAGAUGAUGAAGCUGAGGAAAAUGUUGAUAUGACCCAUAGGUAUAGGAAAGAUUUAAUGAAAAGUGAUGCUGAGAAGAUACUGACUCAGAAAAAGCUAAAAAGAAGACUUGAAGAACAGUUUCAGCGAGCUAUGGGAGGAGUUCCUGCCUGGGCUGAUCUAGAAAACAGGAAGAAAUCCAAAAGGACUGCAAGUGAUAGUGACAGUGAUGAAGAUGAUGACCUGCUACGCAGGACUGGCAAUUUUGUAUCAAACUCUGAGUCCCUGCCAAGAGGUAUAUUGAAGAUGAGGACCUGCUUGCCUGCUAAUCAGGAACGUUUUGCUAAUGGAAGACUGGCAACUGUGCAGUUUCAUCCAUCUGCUCAGGUGGUCAUGACUGCUGGACAUGAUCGAUCUGUGUCACUCUUUCAGGUUGAUGGUAUAAGGAAUCCAAGAAUUCAGAGCAUCUAUUUAGAGAGUUUUCCAAUUUAUAAGGCUUCUUUCAGUGUUGAUGGGGAACAAGUUAUAGCCACUGGUACUCACCAUAAAAUGUUCUUUGUGUAUGACAUGAUGGGUGGAAGUAUUAUUCCUAUACAGCAAGUAAGAGGUGUGGAGGAAAGAUUUAUCAGAAACUUUGAAGUCUCUCCAGAUGGAUCACUUAUACUUAUAACUGGAACUUCAGGUUACCUGCACUUGUUGUCAAUGAAGACAAAGGAACUGAUUAGCACUAUGAAGGUAAAUGGAAGAUGCACUGCAUCUGCUUUCACUCCAGACAGCAGUAAAAUAUAUAGUUAUUCAAAGGAAGGAGAAGUUUUCAUUUGGGAUGUGAGAAGCAGAAAGUGUCUACACAAAUUUGAAGAUGAAGGUUCUUUGGAAGGCAAAUGCAUUGCUGUUUCAAAAAAUAACCAGUAUGUGGCAUGUGGUUCAACUUCCGGAGUUGUAAAUUUAUAUACUACUGAUGUCUGUCUCAAAGAAAACCAUCCUAAACCUGUUAAAGCCAUAAUGAACCUAGUUACAUCUGCUACAUGUGUGACCUUCAAUCCCACAACAGAAAUUUUGGCAGUGGCUUCCCGUGAAACUGAUGAGGCUGUCAAAUUGGUACACAUUCCUUCAUAUACUGUAUUCUCAAACUUCCCAGUGUUCAGAAGAAAACAAAUUUAUCUUGCUCAAUCUAUGGACUUUUCUCCCAGAAGUGGUUUUUUCUCUGUAGCAAAUAACAAAGGCAAAGCUUUGUUAUUUAGGCUGAAACAUUAUUCAGAUUUUUAAAAGAAGAUACAGGAAAAAAUGCACCAGAACUGAGGUAAAAGUAGCACAAGAGCUGUUGACAGCAUUUUCUUGAGGAACCUUACUCAUUUUGCUACCUCCACAUCUUUAUAGAUGUCAAGAAGUUGUUAAUACUGUGUAAUCUGAAACUGUUCUGUCUAGAUCAUUCAUGUAGACUCCACAUGAUGGCCAAGAGUCAGGCUUGUCAUGACAACCUCAGGUUUUCUAACAGUACUGUUCCAGGGAGAUGGUAGUUCAACUAAACUGCUCAGUCCUGUUGACAGCAGUUUUUAAAAUCUUAAUAUAUUUAAAUCAAACUCAAAAGCAGUGUUAAAAACAGCUGUAGGCUGGCAGAUACUUGGCUUGAUCCUGCUAUGAAGUCGUGUAAGUGAACCCACACGAGUCUUCAUAAUUUCAAAUUUAGAUUACAUAAAUUACUGAAGUUUGUAAUAGAGCUUGUGUGCAGAUGAUAUUUUACUGUACGCUUUAACCUAUUCUUGGCUAACUGGUAAGACCUGUAGCCUUGAUGGUAGUACAGUAGUUGUGCUUGACUCAAAAUGUUUUAAUGAUUGGAAGCUCAGGUCAUUCAGACUGGAAGCAGGCAUGUUUUCUGUGUGUUAAGAUUGCAUAAAACUUUGUGAUGGCUAAAUAUUUAGAAGAUAGUAACAAAAUUCUCUGUACCGAUCUUUCCCCAGGUGUUGUAACCUGCAGAUACAAGUACACUGACAAAAUCAAACAUGUUUUUCUAUUUUAUAUGGAAGUUCAAAAGUACAUUAAUGUAUCAUCUGUGGCUUUGAAUUUUUGUUCCAUAAUAAAUAUACCUGAGAAGUUUCCAGGCAA